GAGCUACGUUUCCGGCCGGUGAGGCAACUCUAGGAGAUGCUCUGGCGGCGGCAGCGGCUGCAGGCCGUAGCGGUGCGCAGCUGGGCCCCGCCCCCUGCGAUAAAGCGUCUUCGUCACUUCCGGCUUCCUUUUCCCUGCUGGCUGCCGGGCGCGUGAGGGAUUUGCUUGUGUGCCGAACUCCUCGGAACCAUGGCAUCCCUUUCCCUUGCACCUGUUAACAUCUUCAAGGCUGGAGCUGAUGAAGAGAGAGCGGAGACAGCUCGUCUGUCAUCAUUUAUUGGUGCCAUCGCCAUUGGAGAUUUGGUGAAGAGCACGUUGGGACCCAAGGGCAUGGACAAAAUUCUUUUAAGUAGUGGACGAGAUGCCUCUCUCAUGGUAACCAAUGAUGGUGCCACUAUUCUGAAAAAUAUUGGUGUUGACAAUCCAGCAGCUAAAGUUUUAGUUGAUAUGUCAAGGGUUCAAGAUGAUGAAGUUGGUGAUGGCACUACCUCUGUUACUGUUUUAGCAGCAGAAUUACUAAGGGAAGCAGAAUCUUUAAUUGCAAAAAAGAUUCAUCCACAGACCAUUAUUGCGGGUUGGAGAGAAGCCACAAAGGCUGCAAGAGAAGCUCUGUUGAGUUCUGCUGUUGAUCACGGUUCUGAUGAAGUUAAGUUCCGUCAAGAUUUAAUGAAUAUUGCAGGAACAACAUUGUCCUCAAAACUUCUUACUCAUCACAAAGAUCACUUUACCAAAUUAGCUGUAGAAGCUGUUCUCAGACUGAAAGGUUCUGGUAAUCUGGAGGCGAUUCAUGUCAUCAAGAAGCUAGGAGGGAGUCUGGCAGAUUCUUAUUUAGAUGAAGGAUUCCUAUUGGAUAAAAAAAUUGGAGUAAAUCAACCAAAGCGAAUUGAAAAUGCAAAAAUUCUUAUUGCAAACACUGGAAUGGAUACAGACAAAAUAAAGAUAUUUGGUUCCCGGGUAAGAGUUGAUUCUACAGCAAAGGUUGCAGAAAUUGAACAUGCGGAAAAGGAAAAAAUGAAGGAGAAAGUUGAACGUAUUCUUAAGCAUGGAAUAAACUGCUUUAUUAACAGACAAUUAAUUUAUAAUUAUCCUGAACAGCUUUUUGGUGCUGCUGGUGUCAUGGCUAUUGAGCAUGCAGAUUUUGCAGGUGUAGAGCGCCUGGCCCUUGUUACAGGUGGAGAAAUUGCUUCUACCUUUGAUCACCCAGAACUGGUGAAGCUUGGAAGUUGCAAACUUAUUGAGGAAGUCAUGAUUGGAGAAGAUAAACUAAUUCACUUUUCUGGGGUUGCCCUUGGUGAGGCUUGUACCAUUGUUUUGCGUGGUGCCACUCAACAAAUUUUAGAUGAAGCAGAAAGAUCUUUGCAUGAUGCUCUUUGUGUUCUUGCCCAAACUGUGAAGGAUUCUAGAACAGUAUAUGGAGGAGGCUGUUCUGAGAUGCUGAUGGCUCAUGCUGUGACACAGCUUGCCAGUAGAACACCAGGCAAAGAAGCUGUUGCAAUGGAGUCUUAUGCUAAAGCACUGAGAAUGUUACCAACCAUCAUAGCUGACAAUGCAGGCUAUGACAGCGCAGAUUUGGUGGCACAGCUCCGAGCUGCUCACAGUGAAGGCAAUAUAACUGCUGGACUGGAUAUGAAAGAAGGUACCAUAGGAGAUAUGGCAAUAUUGGGCAUCACAGAAAGUUUCCAAGUGAAGCGGCAAGUUCUUUUGAGUGCAGCUGAAGCAGCAGAGGUGAUUCUACGUGUGGACAACAUCAUCAAAGCAGCACCAAGGAAACGUGUCCCUGAUCAUCAUCCCUGUUAAGCAUUCCCAAAUGCUGUUGAUCUCUGGACCAGUUCAUAACAAAGUUCUAUUCGAAAGAUUUCAACCUUUAGAAGAAACCUGUGGAAUCCAUGGCUGGCUGUGCCCAUAAUAUCCUUAAGUGUGGACAUUAGCUGACCUUCUGUUUUAACGUGGGUCUAAUUUAUUUGCUGUUUCAUUUUCCAUACAAUUCAGUUGAUUUAAAAGUUCAUUUCUCAUAGCGUGCAUUAAAAUUUUGAACAAUUA